GUUUGACGUUUGCUUUGUGAUAAUUUGAUAAACUUGCAAUUUGUGUUUUAUACAAUUGUAUUAUUUAAAUACAUAAUUCUCAAUAAACAUGUCUUCAUCGGAUUCUGAAGAUGAUAGCUUUUUGAAUCCUACUCAACAACUUAAGUCCAUGAUGAACAACUUUAAAGCAGACACGGACUGUAACUUCAACGAUUCCAUACCACUCGACACUCCAACAACAUCACCGUCAAAAGGCAAGAAGUUAAAGAACAAAUCUCCAUCAAAGAAAAGAAAGAAAUCUACAGAUUCGUGCAGCAGUGAUUCUAUAACUAUAGAAGAUUUCCGUGCAUUAUAUCCGCCUAUAACCGACACAAGACCCAAACGAAACACACGAAGUGCAGCAAAGAGGACUGCUAGUGCGCAAAAUUCACCAAACUUGGCUGAUACUCAAAAGUCAUUACCCAAACGUAAAAGUAGAAAAAGUAACUCCAACUCUAUUACCAGUACUACCACUGCGGAUGCAGAAAUGGCGGGAAAUUCGAGUGGAACUGUUGAAAGUGUUGAAAUGGAACCACCGACGCCGCCGGCGCGCGGGCGUGGCAGGGGACGCGCCCGAGGACGCGGCAGGGGUAGAAACAGCACAAAUACAAGGCGUCCUAGAAAUAAUUCAGGAAACCGCAGUAUUUUAGAUAUCCUACAAGCCAUGAUACCUAUUUACAGCGUUGGAAACACAGAUGACUACCCUGACCAAUGUGAUAAUCAACAGUUAUUCAGCAAUCAAAAAACUAAUGAUGUUGUAGAGGUCGAAGACUUAAAUGAAACUCUAGAGGAAAACGAAUUGAUGUCCGUAAAAGUCGAAUGGAGAAGUAAAACAAUCCUAAAAUUUGAGCUCCGGAAAUUUCAAAAAUUAACCCCGAUAUUUGAGCAUUUUAGUAAAGCAGAAAAUGUGAGUUACGAUAAACUCUACUUUUCAUAUAACGGUAAGAUAAUAAAACCAGAUGAUACUCCAGAUUCAAUAGAAUACAGUAUUGCAAAAUUUAUAGAUGGUGGAAUAGUAAGUCAAAGUGUAGUUUCUACGUCAAGUAAUGAAAAUGAAAUCAGACAUGGAAUAAAGCUAAAGUUCCAGUGUCAGAAUGUAAAGAAGCCGUUUGAGAUUAUUGUGGGGCCAAACGAUAAAAUGGCUACGGCCAUGUUGCGGUGUGCCGAGCAUUUUGAGAAACCUUUUGAUAAGCUUAAAUUUGAAUUUGACGGUGAUAUUAUUUCAGGUAAAAGCACGCCACGUGAGUUGGACCUUGAAGGUGGAGGAUGCAUUGAUGUAAAAAUACUGAAUUGAAUGAAAUUACAAUACAUGUUAUUUAAUAUU